CACAGUUAAAAUUAGGUUAUAUUACUAUGUUUAUUUGGAAAUUCUCUACAAAAUCAUGUUUUUGAAAUUAAUUUAAAUAAUUGCAUUAAUCGAAUUAAUUUUGUACAUUUGUAAAUUUACUGUUCUGGUUAAAUUCCGUGAUGUAUCCCGAAAAUUAAUUAAUAUUUUUAUCAAUAGUUAGUACAUAAAAAUUAUUAAGGUUAUCCUUCGGCUUUGGAAGUGUUAAUAAGUUAGUACUAGCGUUAUUAAUACAUUUUAUAGAUUUUUUAAAAUGAAGGAAGAGAAUCAUUCACAAAGUGCCGAAUCAUAUAAGGAACAAGGAAAUGCUGCUAUUCAAAGAAAGGCAUUUGAAGAAGCAAUCUUACAUUAUACAUGUGCCAUAAAAAUUGAUCCUCAAAAUUCUGUUUUAUACAGUAACCGUUCUUUUGCAUUUUUAAAAGUCCAGCAGUAUUUUCUAGCCAUGGAAGACGCCAAUGAAGCUAUUAAAUUGAGUCCAAAUUGGGCCAAGGGUUAUUUUCGAAAAGCCGCAAUUCAUCAUGAAACGGAGCAUUAUUUGCAAGCUAUAGAAUGUUACCAUAAAGCUUUAGAGCAUGCACCUAAUGAUCAGGUUAUAAUAGAAGCUAUAAAAACAACAGCUCAAAAAUUACAUAAAGACCAAAAGAGUGAUGCCCAAAUUCCUUGGGUGGGUGCUGGAGUGGGAAUUGUGGUUGGAGUUAUGGUUGUGAUAGCAGAUUAUGUUUAUACCAAUAAACCCACUCUUACACAUCCAAUUCUGAUGGCAGUAAUGACGAUAGUAAUUGCCCUUAUAGGGUAUGGGGUAGCAAAGGUUUGUCGAUAUUAUAUAAAGUGCCAAAGAGAUUCACUUCUUCAGCCACCAAUUGAUUUAUGUCCCAAAGAAGAAUAUGAAAAAGAAAAUCUUUUAGAAAAUGAGCAUAGAAAUACACCAAGAUACACUAAAUCUCAGGCACGACAGCGCUAUAAAAAAGGAAAACAGUAGUAAUUAAUUGCUCAUAAAAAAUGUAUAAUUGGUUAAAAAUUUAAUAGGGGUUGAACAAGGUGUACCUACUUACCUAAAAGGAUGGGGUAUAAUUAUUAUACUACAAGCAAAAUAAGUGGUAUAAAAUAAUGUUAAUACCUGUGGUGCUUGUUUUCUUUUAAUAUGGUAACUAUUUUUUAAAUAAUUCCUUACGAAUAAUUUUAAUCAUUUAUGAAACUAUUGUGCUAUAGUAUUUCGAAAUGAAUAUUUACUGUAGGUAUUAAGAAUUUUUCAUCAAUUGUUUAGGUCAAUUUUUUGUUAUUUAUUUAAAGUUUUUAAUGGUUUAAUAUUUUUAAACGUGCAUUUAACUAUUAAAAGUGGAACGGUAUUCAAUUUUAAGGGUUCUUUAUCAAAAGAAAACCAUAAUGGUAAAAUUUCGGUGUUUGUCUGAAUGCCUGUGUGUCACGGUUGAGUAAUUAUUAUGAUAUUUAUUUAUUUGCCCGUAAUUUACAAUGCAUGCUACAGAAGGAAAAGAUAAUCUAUGGUUAUAAAUAUUUUUUUUACAUUUUGUUAAUUGUUCCUCAUACAUAUUGUAUCAAUUCUUAACAUUUAAGAUUAUUCAUGGUCUUUAAGAUGAACAAUUGUUUCGGUUAUGAAACAGCUAUUUUUGGCAUUUUUUGUCAAUGAUAUUUUAAAUUUACCGAAAGAAGGUAAAUAAAGUAAAGAAAAAAUGCAAAAAUACUAAAAACGACCAAGCUUAGAAUGAUUAUAAGGAGCAACAAAGAAAUAUUUUUAGAAAACUUCUAGCUCGGUGUUUUGGGAAUUAGUUGUGUUAUAUAUAUUUUUUUUAUUUAUCACCAAAAAUUUGCAAAAAAGUACUACAAAGCUACUCAAAAUAUAACCAGCUUAUCUCGUGAACUUGUUGGAAGGCACCUGUGCCUAACUAAUAAGUUCGAUUUUAAUCUAGUCUUCGCUGAAAAGCUGUUUGUUAUGUAAAUGUGUCUCUUUGAGAUUUAAAAAAAAAUUGCCUCCGUAUCAAAACAAACCAGAGGUCAUCAUUUUAUUUGCAGGCGAAUACGAUACAAAAUAUUGUGCAAAAUUAUUUUUAAUGCAAUAAAUUACGCUAAAUAGUGUAUUUGAUAAGGUACGAAACCCUCGGCGCACGAGUCGAACUCAGAGUUGAUUUUGUUUUGAACUGCACACUAGUUAAGUUUUUAUUAAUGUCUGCGUUACUUAUUAUUUUUUGAUUUAUUAUCAAAGAUAUGGGAAAAAUAUAUUCCCCCCUUUUCUUUGAAAUUUGCAUACUUACAAAAAAUCUAAAAUAAUUCACGCAGAUAGUGUAAAUAUUACCGAGAAGAAAAUGGUUCCGAAAAAAAGGAUGUGUUAAUUUUUGUUAGAUUGUGGGGUCAAAAUAAAAUGGUUUUUAAAUUAACGAAAGGGAAUUAUACAUACUGGAAAUCAUUAUCACCAUUUUUUUUGUAUAAAAUGCGGUAUCGGCACACGAACUUAAUAAAAAGUGUUUAAUUUUGAAUGUAGUUAGUAAAGUGAUUUUUAUUCUUUAAUUGUUAUCGAACUGAAGCAAUAUGUAUUUAUUUAUCCUCCUUUUUAUUUCAUUUAAUUAAUUAAUUGUUCUUUUAUUACCCUAAAAAUAAGACGAUCUGUAAGGAACUAAAUAAAAAAUAACAUUUUAGUCAAACAAUUUACAUUCCUUUCUUUAACAUAAUGAUUGUGAUGCAUUUAUUGUAAUGCAAAUUUACUUUUUGUGUUUCAUAUCACAGUGGCGUAACCAAAGGAAGGCAUUUACUGUACGCUACUGAUUUAUUGAUGUUAUUAUAUUACUGUGUGAACAUCGAAAUUUACCAUCACGUUUAGCAAUAGUCAAAUAAAAGUAAUAAUAAAGGGUGUGUUGGUUUGAUAUUUUUAGUACAAUUAGCAUCUCCCAUAAAUUAGUUGUGCGCAUGCGCUCUUCUCGCGUACACUUGGCUGUGCUUUUCCUUUUCCUAAAUUCACGCAUGCGCAUUAUCCAAGAAUCGUUGCGCGGUACGAGAACGCAUGCGCACAAAGAAACACCUAAAAUUAACUCCUAUAUCAAUGUUAUAAAUAAAAUUCUUUACAAUAAUUGUUCACCUUUUAGCGUAAGUAAUACAUAAAAAAAAUCAAUUCAGAUUUUUUAUCGUCGUUGUUCGUUUGCUACAGGGAUUAUACUGGCUAAUACAUUUAUACAUAUUAGAACGUGUUGUAUAAAAUAAAUACACGUGAUUACUGAAUAUUGUUACAAUUAGUUAAUUUGAAAUUAUAUAAACCAUUAUCUUUA